GUUAUUUUCAUUUGAUCCCGGAAAAAGAAUGCAAUUAACCAAUUACAAUACAGAACACACUCAGUUUUAUAAUUUUAUAUAAACAUGUCCUGGAAAGAUUUCUUCUCACAGAUGUUCUCAAUAACUGAGGAUGUGGAAAUGAAAGACGUUUCCAGUCCUCCGUCUGAAGGAGAAAAGAAAGAGGAAGAAGUGAAGAAAGAUCCUGAUAUUCUAACUUUGGAGGAUAUCCGGGAGCAUGUUCGCCAGAUUGAAAAGGCCGUGUCGACGAAAGAACCGCGCUUCAUGUCGAGAGCUCUGCGCGGCCUCGUCACGAUCAGAAGGAAACUGAGUGUGAAGAUUCUGCGGAAACUCAUCCAGGGUUACUUCACUGGCCAGGCACAGGCGAGCAAGGAUGAACUCUUUAUGUACCUCAUUCCACCUGCUGAAAUGAAUGGAUUGGGGCUUCCAUUUCGGCCACGGUCGGGGAAGGCUGUCAACCAGCCCCUACUGCCAGAGAUUGAGAUGUACAUCCAUUUACUGAUUGUGAUUUAUCUCAUAGAUAACAAAAAAUACACUGAGGCGGCCAAGUGCUCUGACCUACUUAUGAAGAAGAUUGGUCAGCACAACAGACGCACACUGGAUACGCUGGCGGCCAAGUGCUACUUCUACUACUCGAGAUCCUACGAACUCACUAACCAACUUGACAGAAUCAGGGAAUUCCUUCACGCUAGACUUCGAACAGCGACGCUGCGAUCUGAUUCGGAGGGUCAGGCCACGCUGAUCAACUUGUUGCUGAGAAAUUACCUCCAUUACAGUCUGUACGAGCAGGCUGAUAAACUCGUGUCCAAGUCGACCUUCCCAGAACUGUCGUCCAACAAUGAGUGGGCCAGAUUUCUGUAUUAUUUAGGAAAAAUAAAAUCUGCACAGCUGGAAUACUCGGCAGCGCACAAACAUCUGCUGCAGGCAAUGAGAAAGGCACCCCAGCACUCGGCGGUCGGCUUUAAACAGACUGUACAGCGAUUGGCCAUCACCGUUGAGUUGUUGCUAGGCGAGAUCCCCGACAGAUACACGUUUCGACAGCCGACGAUGAGGAAAACUCUGGCACCAUACUUUCAGCUCACUCAAGCCGUGAGGAUGGGCAACCUGCUGCGGUUCAAUGAGGUUCUCGCCAAGUUCGGCACCAAGUUCCAGGCGGAGGACACCUACAAGUUGAUAAUCCGCCUGCGCCACAACGUCAUCAAGACGGGCGUCAGGAUGAUCAGUCUGUCGUACUCCCGCAUCUCACUCAGCGACAUCGCGCACAAACUCUCACUCGACAGUCCCGAGGAUGCAGAGUACAUUGUCGCAAAGACUAUCCGAGACGGUGUGAUCGAGGCCACGAUUGACCACGAGAAGGGUUACGUCCAGUCGAAGGAAACGGUAGAUAUUUACACGACGAAGGAGCCAAUGACAGCAUUUCACCAGAGAAUCAGCUUCUGUCUCGACAUUCACAACCACUCCGUGAAGGCAAUGAGAUUCCCACCGAAGUCUUACAACAAGGAUUUGGAAUCGGCCGAGGAGCGUCGCGAGAGAGAACAGCAGGAGUUGGAAAGUGCCAAGGAGAUCGCUGAUGAGGAUUUUGAUGGCUUCCCUUGAACUUGUUGCCAGAUGGAAUCCAGAUUAAUAUUUAACAGAAUCCCCAUAACGCACGUGACUCGUUUUCGCCUGUUCGGAACUUGGUUUUUGUACAGAAUCUUGUAGCAACAUUAUGUGAAUUUUUGUUAUCAUUUUCAACUCGGCAAAAUGGUACAUUAAACAAAAUUUGAUGAUGCAG